GUUAAAUGCCAAACUUCAAAUUGUUUUUUUUUUCUUGAAAUUAAAAAAUGUUUUCUACAAAAUUUUUAAAAAAUUCUCUCAAAUAUAAGAGAUUUGUAAAUUUUCCUUUGAUUCGUAUGCGCAGUGAUCUAAAGGAAGUAACACAUACUGGACAAGUAUGGGAAGAGGAUGACUACCGCAAUGUACGCUUUACGAACGCUAAACGUUGGGUUAAUAAGAACUGGGGCGUUAAAUUGGCCCAUAAAAUUGAAACUAUAGUAACUCCUAAACGUGUAGUAUAUUGUGAUGGCGAAGGUCCACUAGGUCAUCCCAGGGUCUACAUAUGUUUGGAUAAACCUACUAAGCAUUGGUGUCAUUAUUGUUUGAAAUCUUUUGUAAAAACAGAACAUGCGGCGGCGGUACUUGGGAAGAAGCCUAAGUGAAUUUAAAAAAAAUUUAUUUUGUAAGGAAAUUGACUCUUUUUACAACACAGUCUAUUUGUCUGAUCAAUUUAUAUGUACUACUAAAACCAGAGCUUAAUAUAUACAUAAACAUAUUUUUAUAUUCAGAGGAAAUAAACCCCGCAAAUAAAUUAGAUACAAAUA